AACAUUAAGCGCCCCAGCAGCAGUUGCUCAUAGUACUUCUUUGCGUUCGGAGUCUUAUUGGAAACCAAAAAAUAAAAUAAAUUUUCUUCUUCAAUAAACACAAUGGAGUCUAAACUAUUAUUCGCGCUUGGAUUAUUACUUGCAUUGGGAUUUGUUGCCUGCGUUGAGAUUCAAACAUUUGGAAGCUUAUUCCACCCUGAAAAAGACUAUGAAGAACGACGAAAAGAGAAGAAGCAGGACUUGAGCAAGAUUCCUGGUGUUCCAGGUGUUGAUUAUCCACUCUACCAUGAAGUACCGCACACAAACUUUGACUGCGGUUCUGUACCAGCUGCUCCUGGAAUGUAUGCAAAUGUUGAAACGGGAUGUCAAGCGUAUCAUGUUUGCCACGAUGGAAGAGAAGGUCAUCAAGGUGCUUCUUUCCUUUGUACCAACGGAACAAUAUUCAAUCAAAAGGAAUUCGCUUGCGAUUGGUGGUAUAAUGUUAACUGUGCUGAAGCAAUAAAUUAUUACCAUUUGAACGCUGAUCCUGCUCAUAAUCCUUAUACUCCAAAGAAGAAGCUCGAGGAACAAUUUCUUAUCAAAGCCUAACAGGCUCAAAUCAUUCUCUUCGAUCAGUCGAUCACCAUCCAUUUCCAUUUCGUCCAUUAAUUUUUAAAUUAAAAUGAAUACAAAAAAUAUAACUUAUUAUUUGUACUUUAGUUUCU